CGCUUUACCCAAGCAAGUAUAUGGUUGCAUAUAUAGGGAGAACUAUGCUACAAAAUCUGGAGAGCCGUAAAUUUUGAAGGAGUGCGGGGUUUCUAUUCUGAUAUCAUUUUGCAAAUCAGGGAACUUUGCCUUUAAGUGCAAACUGAAUCAAAUCCCUACCGGCAGUCAACCUAAAUGAUGUUCUUCUGCACCAGCCUCUUUGGAAUCACAGGGAGUUGUGUGAGAUUGCGGCUGUUUUUUCCCUGCUUUGCAAACCAUUUUGAGCAGCCUCCCCCACCUUGGCACAGCUGUUUGGCGUUGGUGGGAGUGCAGCUGCCCUUGCUGGAGCUGAUGGGGGUCCAGAACAUCUGGAAGGGCACCAGGUUGGGGAAGGCUGCCUUUGAGGGUGUGCACAGCAGGGUUUGGUCUGAGGCUGGUUCUCUGCUUGAACAAUCUCAUCUUUGGUGCCACAUGGGGGAAGUCGUAAAAAGUUACUCAUUAACAUCUCCAUUAUUUACCCAGAAUGCUGAACCUCCUUGCAGGUGCAUAACAUUCUCCUUUGGGUGGGUGGGGAGGAUGGAUGCCUGAACCCUUGCUUUAUCCUUGCGGGGAAGGCAGGCAGGCAGGCAGGCAAGCGAUCCUGUGUCCUGAAUGACCUGGCGGAAAUAUUUAGCAUCAGAAAGGGUGGGGAAGGCAGUGUGCUUCAGCCGUCGGGUGGGGCUUUGUGUUGCUGUGUGUUUUGUAAGAUUCACACACUCUCUUGGAUACAGGGCGUACGCUGGCAUGUUGAGAUAAGCCGGGAGGGGGGACCUGCACGGUCACCAAGCCAAACAUGAACACAGUGGCCUGCAGGGAUGUCUCUUGCCAGACGCAGCAGGGAAGGUAUUCGUGGCAAGUCUGAACGGAGGCGCCGAUGAAGACUUAAUCCAACCUGCCUGUCUCUCAGGCGGGAAAGUUCUUCCCAGAGGAAAACUCUUCGCCCAGAUCAGCUCGUGACCAUGAACACCAUCCUGAGUUUGAAGCUUCCCCGGCUGCUCAACACUGACCAGGUUCCCAAAGUUUUCCGAGAGAAGGGCAUUCUUUUUGGGUACCGUCACCCGAGAAGUUCCGCAACAGAUUGCAUUGUCAGCCUUUUCCAAAUGACAAAUGAAACUGUGAAUAUUUGGACACAUUUUCUGCCUGCCUGGUACUUCCUAUGGAAGCUUUUGGCCUUAGUCUACGCCUUGGAUGUCUGGAGGGACUCAUACACCUGGCCUUUUCUGGCUUACAUGGUCACCUGCUGCAUCUACCCGCUGACGUCCAGCAUCGCUCACACGUUCAGCACCAUGUCCAGCCGGGCCAGGCACAUCUGCUACUUCUUUGAUUACGGUGCCCUCGCCCUGUACAGCUUAGGUUCUGCCAUUGCAUAUUCUGCCUACGUUUUCCCCGAAGAAUGGAUCGGCAGCACAUUCCACCAUUACUACGUCUCCACUGCUGUGCUCAACACAGUCGUGGGCACAAGCCUGUCCUGCUAUUCCAGGCUCGGCCUUCCCUAUUUCCAUUAUAAGAGUGGCGGCAUAGAAAGGUUCAAUGAAAUGGAGCAGCCAAAGUUCAGCAAAUCAAUUCGCACAUUCGCCUUUGCUCAUCCUUACGUGUUCGACAGCAUCCCUCUCUUCUACAGGCUGUACUUAUGUGCUGCAAGAAGUUGCACGGAGAGCGUAAUUCCAAUCCACCUCAAGCACACUGUCUUUGCCUGCCUCACCUGUUUCCUUUUUGCGACACACCUGCCGGAGCGGCUGGCCCCUGGAGUCUUUGACUACAUAGGGCACAGUCACCAGCUCUUCCACAUCUGUGGGAUCAUUGGGACCCACUUCCAAAUGGAAGCCCUUCUGGUUGACAUGGCCAACCGCCGUGAGUGGCUACUGGCUCCAUCCUUCUCUCAAACCUUUGGGUCCCUUGCAGCUGCCAUCAUUGUCAAUCUUAUCAUCAUUGCUGCUUUCUCAACGACACUCUAUUCCAUGCCAAAAUUCUGCAGGAAAGGAAGCAAGCACAAGGACUAACGCCUGUUGAAAUCAAAAUGAAAUGAAAUGAAAUUGCAGUUAACAGUAGCAGUACAACACAAAUUAGAAACUACUUCAAAUGAGGCUUGGUGAAUAUUAUUUGAGAAGUGACUUAAAUGAUUCUUUUUUUAUUAUGAAUAUGAUUUUGUAUUGUGGUUUUUCUACAACUUGAGCUGGAAGACUUAACCAAUUUGGGAUGUAGCUUUUCAUUUGUUGAUCCUGAUUGACCAAUUAGAAUACCAAGCUGCAAUUCUGAGGACUCUGUGAGAACUCUAAAUAACUUCAGCCUUCGGUUUGUGUCAGAUUAUUAUUUUUAAAAUAGUGAUUGCAAUUUAACUUGAUGUGCCAGUUUGCACUGAUAACAUAGAAAUGUUGGCCACCAUUCAUGCCAAAGCAACCACAGUGGCCUUUUAACAUAAUUCCAUGCGUUUUUAUGCUUUAUUUGAAAUGACAAGCACAUGUAACAUUUCUAUCACAAAAUACUAAUGUACAUACCUUUCUAAUUCAGAAACUUGCAAUGAAAUAAUAUGAGGUUUCUUUGAAAUUAUAUAUAUUAAGAAGUUUAUAUUUUUGUAAAUAGCCUCUGCUGGGGUAUCACACAAGCACUUUUUGGUAACAGUAAAUGAAGCUAUUGUGGAAUAAAUGCCCUUUUGAAAGGUACAUUCAACUUGCA